CUUCCCAUAAUGGGCUCGAAACUCGACCGUUGAGACACGGGAACGAGAGAACAGAGGCCUUGAAAAGACACCCAAGGAAGAAAGAGAGGAGCAGAGAACAAUGCCGGCAGUGAGAAUGAAAACCCAAACCGUAGAAAUCUCACCAAACAACUCUGAUCAUCAUCUUCAAACCAACAAUGAGAACAAAACCCGAACCCCAAAAAUCUCACUUUAUGAACAGUCCAGAGAUGAAAGGAUCAAAGAGAACCUUGAAAGAAUGCAACAGCUUGGUCUCAAAGACCUGUCCAACUCCCUCCUCAACUCCAACUCUCAUCUCUCCUCAAGGCGUGGGCGUCCCCGCAGCGGCAGUAAGCCGCCAGUUACCCCACUACCCUCUUCCUUGUUGCCAUCUGGCCCCCUCCGCCGCUCCUCCAGGUUGCAAAAUACUACUCCAGUGUCCUAUUCAGAAGUGGUUUUGGCAAGAAAAGAUGAAGUUUUGGAGGAUGUGCAUCUGAAGCUAAAGGAAUCAGAGGUGUAUACGGAAGAGCAUGAGAAACUUUUGGGAAACACUGAAAGGAGCUGGACACUUUUUGUGGAUGGAUGUGGGAGUGAUGGAAGACGGAUUUAUGAUCCUGUCAAGGGAAAGACUUGCCAUCAAUGCCGGCAGAAAACUCUUGGUCAUCGUACUCAUUGUAGCAAAUGCGACAUGGUCCAAGGACAGUUCUGUGGAGAUUGUUUAUAUAUGAGAUACGGAGAGCAUGUGCUUGAAGCUAUAGAGAAUCCAAAUUGGGUUUGCCCUGUGUGUCGUGGAAUUUGCAACUGUAGUUUGUGCCGGCAAGCGAAAGGAUGGGCCCCUACUGGCUCUCUUUAUAGGAAGAUAUCACAAAUGGGCUUCAAGUCAGUUGCACAUUAUCUCAUUCAAACCCGACGUGUGCAAACCAAUAAUGAAAAGAAUCCAGAUACUAUUGAUCAGGUUUCUGCUAAGAGGUCGCUGUCCUUUCCAGCUCUAGAACUGCCAACAAAAGGAUCUUCUGAUGUCAAAAAUACUCAGCCUGAAAUGUUAAAGCCUCAAUCUGGAGAGGAUGGCUUGAACACCGAGAAAAAAGACAACAGUGCGUACCCAGAACCAAAUCCAACUAUUAUUCAUCAAAAUUCUGCAAAGAAAUCAUUGCCCUUCUCAAAUUCUGAAGCUGAGUUUGAAGAAGGGGAAUCUACAGAGAUCAACGUUGAUGCCCAUGGGCAGCUGGGAUCUUCAGAGUCAGAUUCU